AUGAAGGGCUUCCUGCCCCUCAUCUCUGUUAUCGCUCUGUUACACGGCCUUGCCUGCGGAAGCGAUGCUCCCAACUACUUCGAAAGAUCCCCUACGACCCCUCGCCGGUUGGACGCCAACCGGGUCCGAAGAGAGCUGGGCAGCCGAGUGUCCAAAGCCACUACCAUCUUCGGACCUGAAGACUCCCGCUACGAAAUCGCGACGUCCAGGUACAGCACUUUCGCUCCGCCCAACGUCCAAGUCGUCGUUGUUCCUGGCAAAGAGUCCGACGUCUCAACUAUCGUCAAAUUUUGCAACCGGAACAGCAUAGAAUUCCUGACCGUAAACCGAGGCCACGGCUGGACCAAGACCCUCGGCACUUUCAAAGGCAUCCAGAUCGACCUGGAAAAUCUGCAGAAUGUCGACAUCCAACGCAGCGGCAGGUCGGCCUGGUUUGGCGGCGGUACUUACGCCGGGCCAGUUGCGAAAUACCUCUGGGAUCGAGGCUACGUCACCACCACCGGCUCCUGCGACUGCGUCGGCCUGAUGGGUCCCGGUCUUGGUGGCGGCCAUGGGCGCCUCGAAGGUCUCUACGGUCUGAUCAGCGACAACGUCGUCCAGUUCAACGUCGUCUUAGCCAACGGAGCCUCUAUACGCGUCAGCAAGUCCAGUCACAGUGAUCUGUUUUGGGCUCUGAGGGGCGCAGGCCACGGGUUCGGUAUCGUAACCAGUUUCGAGAUGAACAUCUUUCCUCGAGGCCCUGAGACUUGGCACUAUCACAAUUACUACUGGCGUGGAGACAAACUCGAAGCCGUCUUUGAUGCCCUCAACAAGCUGCACGGAAAUGGUACCACUCCGGUCGACAUGGCAGCCAAUUUCGGGGGCUUCUCCAUGAAUGCCAGCAUCACAGACAAAGAGCCAAUCAUCAUGUGGACCUUCGCCUACCGCGGAAGCGCGAAGGCGGCUGAACGAUACCUGGCGCCGUUCAAUGCCAUCGAGGCUGUUUCGGAGACUUUUGGCGAUGUUCCAUAUCCUUCCGUUGCGGCGGCCCAGCUGCAGGACGAGGAUUCAGUGAACUGCCGGCAUAACGUAAUCCGAGUCACGUCUGCGGUUGGUUUACAAGUAUACAAUCUGACCGCGGAACGGCAGAUAUUCGAAGCCUACAAGAAGCGCGUUCCCUUGCACCCCCAACUCGCGGCUGGAGCUUCCGUUUUCCACGAGGGAUACGCGACCGCAGGCAUGCAAGCGAAGAACCCAAUGGACUCGGCCUAUCCUUUCCGCGACGAUAAUCAUCUCAUGCUAUUUAGUACUGUUGUUCCUCCUGACAAUGCCACUGCACGGAAGGCCGCUUUGGAAUGGGCUGAUGAGGUUAGAGAUCAGUGGCGGGCUGGUCAGCCCGAUCGAUCCCUCAAUGUGUAUCUCAACUACGCCACUGGUUUUGAGACCCUUGAUCAGAUUUAUGGGCAUGAAGAUUGGCGUUUGAAAAGGCUUCGUCAACUGAAGAAGAAGUACGAUCCUUUCAACCGCUUCCACUUCUACAACCCCGUCAACGGCCGGAACAAGGGGUAG